AUGUCGGGCAAGAGCAAACUAACUCCAGACACACUGUGCACGCCACGACUCCCCGUACCGGAGCAGUACGCCGCAGAGGCGCAAGCCCUUGGCCUGAAUGUGACCCCAGCGGCGGUGAAGGCAGCUUUCAAGCCCGAUGAACACCAAGUUCCCGGUGUAUGGCAAGCACAGCGACCCGCCGCUGUCGCCCGAGAGUUGGUGGGGGGAGAUCAUCACGCGGUGUAUGCGACACGCGGGCACUUGAAGGAGAAGGGCGGGCAGCUGAUUCCAAACCUUCUCGAACGGUUCGAAAGCGAGAAGGGUUACCGGCUCUUCCCUGAUACGCUUGACACGCUGAACGGGCUCCGCGAUCUCGACAUCAAAAUCACCUGCGUGUCCAACUCCGACCCGCGGAUCCUGCGCACGUUAUCUGCACUUCAUAUCCUGCCACUCCUAACGUGCCCGCCAGUGCUGUCCUGGGACAUCGAGGCGGCCAAGCCGGACAGGCGCAUCUACGAGGCCGCCUGUAAGAUCGCCGGCGAGGAGAUGGGCGACGGCGUCAUCAUGGUCGGGGACGAGCUUGAAGCAGGUGCCAUCGACGCGGGACUGGAGGCUCGCCUCCUCAGACGAGACGGAGAGUACUCCGACGGCGCUAUCAGGCAUGACGGAGAAGAUCUCAAGGGCGUGCACACCGUCAAGAGUCUGACGGAGGUGCUCGAGGAGGCGCGGCGGAAUGCCUGA